AGAGAUAACUCGCCCCCUCUCCUGACAUCCUCCCUUUAUUCUGGGCUUUUUGUUUGUUUUUGUCAUCACAAGAGAAAAGCUCCUCCAGGAACUCCUACAGCAGAGCAGUGUGUGCGACACAGCAGUGAUGACAGAGAAGGAGAGGUGUCCCAAAGUGGAGCAGUAUGUUGGUGAAAUUAAAGGCGGACUGAGACCUGCCAUGAGACUCACUGUCAUAGGAAUGGUACCUUCCAACCCCAAGAGCUUUUCAGUGACUCUGCUCUGUGAUCCAGUGGAUGCAAACAAAGAUGUUGGGAUGAUAUUCACAGUUAACUUUAGCGAGAAGUCCAUCACACGAAAUGCACGAAUUGAUGGGAAGUGGGGGAUAGAAGAGAAGAAUAUACCCUACUUCCCAUUUAUAGCAGGGGACACAUUUAAGAUGGAGCUGUUAUGUGAACAUCAGCAAAUAAAGGUCUUGCUAGAUGGACGGCAGCUCUGUGACUUCACUCACCGCAUUCAGCCCCUGAACCUGGUGAAAGCUUUGCAGAUCACAGGCGAUGUCAAGCUUACCAAAGUGGCUUAAAAAAAAGAGUUCAUAAUAUUACCAGGGGACGGAAACAAAUGCACUUUCUUCUGUCUGAGAAAUGUUUUAUCUUUUUCUCCUCAUUAAUGUUGGAGAACGGGAACUGUCUUUUUUCAUUUGCUGAUGAAAUACACUUUUUUUUCUCAUCCAUGUUCAAAAAUUGCAGAGAUAUGGCUGGUCCAGCUAAGUCAGAAGGCCUAUACUGAAAUACUUUCUUGGUCUCCCAGAUUAGAAUACUAUUGAUGCUAGGCAGUGUCUCAUAUCCUCUUGGUUCCCUAACCCCUCAGGCAAGCCAGCUAAUGGAGCCCAGUCUUUUGUGGCAGCUGUUAGUCUUGUUAAUGACUAGAACUGAGUGGCGGUCAAGCAGUGGGAUUAAGAAAGGAGAAGUGGGAAAUAUCUUUGGAAGUCAAUAAGACAGUCUGGAGGCUCCCAGCAAGGCUCAUGUUAUCAGGAGGGAACUGCUUGCCCAGGAAUCUCCAAUCAGUCAGCACAAACCUAUAUGUGUUUCACAGUACACAGUAGUAGAUGCCUUAGCACCAUCCCUAUCUGUUGCAGGUAGAGUUCUCAGGAACUGAAAGGUUUCAACAGCUGUGGAUUUCACAGCCUUCUCUGGACCAACCCUAUGUAAUUGUAUCUGUAGCUGAAACUGUGUCAUCCAUUUUUGCAUAUGAUUAAAACUGUCUUUGCUAGCAAA